AUGUCUGAAUUGGUGGCUCGAACUGGCCGGCAUCAGCAGCGCUACGAGGAUGGCUACCGCCUCAUUGCUGGGUGUAUUCCCUUCAAAUACAGGAACAUGGAAGAUGGCAAUGGCUCACCUGAGAAGAUAGUUGAAGUGCUAAUGAUCAAUUCAAAUAGCGGACCUGGUCUUCUAUUUCCUAAGGGUGGAUGGGAAAAUGACGAGACAGCUGAGGAGGCAGCAGAGCGAGAAGCCAUGGAAGAGGCUGGGGUUCGGGGGGAUUUAGUGCAUUUUCUUGGUUGCUAUUCUUUCAAGAGCAAAACACUCCAAGACGAGUAUAGCCCAGAAGGUCUAUGUAGAGCUGCCAUGUACGCUUUGCAUGUGAAGGAAGAGCUCGAGUGCUGGCCGGAGAAAAGUCAACGGGAGAGAAGUUGGUUAACUAUACAAGAAGCCAUCGAAUGCUGCAGGCACGUUUGGAUGAGAGAGGCUCUCGAGAAUGGAUUUUCUAAAUGGUAUGCAGAUGGCAUGAUGAGGACUCUGGGAAAAGGGGAGGAUUCGUAUUGGUAG